AAGAAAUUACUGUUAUUCGUAAAAUGCUCCUGUCUCGUGUUGUUCUACUGUCACUUGAAACCCUAGAAUUGAAUUACAUGAUCUAAAAUUGAAAAAUUGAAUCCAAAAAAAACCCUAAUCAAAAAAUGUUGAGAAGAAGAUUAAUUUGUUCACUUAUUUCAUCAACCUCAGCUCUCCAAUCUACAAUCAACCCAAAACCCAUUUCACAGCUUCUUCACUCACUUACUCUGCAAAACCCUAAUGAAUUCAGCUCAAUUAAAGCGUUUGGAUUGAUGGGUACUCGGAGUUACAGCUUGUUGGCUUUAAAUGAUCUGCGAGAGAAAAUACCCAGAAAGCUUAAGACAAGGAAAGGACGUGGGAUUGGUUCUGGCAAAGGAAAAACUGCAGGGAGAGGUCAUAAAGGGCAGAAAGCUAGAGGCACUAUGAAGUUUGGAUUUGAAGGUGGCCAGACUCCGAUGCGACGUCGUAUGCCGAAGAGAGGGUUUAAGAACCCUUUUAGCCUCACUUUUCAGCCAGUCGGGUUGGGGAAGAUUGCUAAGCUCAUAAAUGAAGGGAAGAUAGAUUCGCACGAAUUGAUCACGAUGAAAACUCUCAAGGAUACUGGAGCCAUAGGAAAACAGAUAGAAAAUGGAGUAAGAUUGAUGGGACGCGGUGCUGAACAAAUUAAAUGGCCUAUUCAUCUGGAGGUAUCAAGAGUGACUGUAAGUGCGAAACAAGCAGUUGAAGCUGCCGGUGGGACUGUGAGACGAGUGCAUUACAACGAGCUGGGUCUGCGGGCACUGCUGAAGCCGGAGUGGUUUGAAAAGAAGGGCAGAUUAUUGCCAAAAGCAGCCAGGCCUCCACCAAAGCUAAAAGAUAAAGUUGAUAGCAUCGGCCGUUUGCCCGCUCCAACCAAACCCAUUCCAUUUUAUGUUGAAGAUAAAGAAGCAGCGUCUGCUCAUACUUGAAUAUCAGACCAACCAUUCUGUCGGAGAUAACUUGUGUUUGGGUUAUCUAGAACUGUAUACGCAGAUUUUGGCGGCUCUGCAAAUUUUAGUCUCUGGCAAGUCUAACAUAUGCUCUCUUCCUUUUAACAAGGGCUCAUGGACAUUUUGGAUUUUCUUUUUCAGGUGAAUUUUUUUAUGAGCUUCUAGAAAAAUAAUGGCUAUCUUCUUCAAUUUUCACUUAUUCAUCAAUUUAUUUUCCUCACGGUUGACAAA